GCGAAACCCUCCACCGCCGCUUUGAACUCUCUCUCUCUCUCUCACUCACUCUUUCUUAUCUUAUUCUUAUACCCCUCGUCGGAGGAAGAAUCCUAGAAAUCGAAUAACAAGAUGAAUAGGGAGAAGUUGAUGAAGAUGGCCAACACCGUCCGCACUGGCGGUAAAGGAACUGUAAGAAGAAAGAAGAAGGCUGUUCACAAGACAAACACCACCGAUGACAAGAAGCUCCAGAGCACUCUUAAGAGAGUUGGAGUCAACUCCAUUCCCGGUAUUGAGGAACUUAACAUCUUUAAGGAUGAUGUUGUCAUUCAGUUCAUUAACCCUAAGGUUCAAGCCUCUAUUGCUGCUAACACAUGGGCUGUGAGCGGUACACCACAGACCAAAAAGCUGCAAGACAUACUUCCUCAGAUUAUCAGCCAACUUGGAACUGAUAACUUGGAGAACCUGAAGAAGCUAGCAGAGCAAUUCCAGAAACAAACACCAGGUGGAGCUGAUAUUCCAGCAACUAUCCAAGAAGAGGAUGAUGAUGAUGUUCCAGAGCUCGUAGGUGGAGAGACUUUCGAGACUCCUGCUUCUGAAGAAGCUGCUCAGCCCAAAGCUACUGCUUCUUAAGAGAGCUUACCAGUUCUUCGCUCCACCGUUUUUGAGCACCUUUCAGAUUCUUGUUUUCUCUAAAUCUUUUUUUGCGAACAGAAAGACAUGUUUUUGUUAUCACUUGUCCAGACACCAAUGUUCCUUUUUAUUAAGGUUAGAUCGUUUUUUUUUUUGCUUA